AUGAAGACCCAACACAUCACCCUCCCCACCAUCCAAAUCGCGGCGGCCGCCUUCUUCGCCGCCUCAGCCGAAGCAAAAGUCUACUGCACCGACACGGGGGGAAAAGUCGUCGCCCAGGCCAGCUGCGACGGCGCCCAGCCCGCAAACACUUUCUUCCUCGCCGAGCACGAGGGCGACGACCUCCAGCUCGGGGACGUCGAGGCCGAGGACGAGGCCGAGCGGGUUAGCGGCGGGUUCGGGCGCAGGUCGCCGCAGAGGCAGUGCGAUCCGUCUCUUGGACACUGCGUUGUUAGUGGUGUUGGGAAGGGUGGUAACAAUGGUGGUGGUUCCAACGGCUGUGGGGGUUCUACUACUAUGGACUGCAAGUUUGAGAAGGGCUGGACUAGCAGCAGGGAAAUAGAUCCAGGGGCCCCUGUGGGCCCCGUGGCUUAG